CAGUCAGUGUGUCUGCAGCAAUGGUGUCAUUGGUUUUGUCCAUUCUACUGUUUGUCCCCUGUUUUGCCCAGAUCCCGACUACAUGGGCCGAUGACUGUACAAGCUACUUGGACAAGAGCGGUGUCCGUCACGAUGACGCCCACUGUGGACGCAUGCACUGCUGUGGAGAGUGUGACACCAAGUUCUGCUGCAGCGACCACACGCAGCGUCUGACCCGAGAGGAUCAGGAGACAUGUGAUGAAAGGCCUCGCUUUGAAAAGUACGCCAAACGUGCUAUACUUUGGGGCAGCAUCCUGGGCGUCGUCAUCCCUCUUAUCUUCUGCGUGGGUCUGGUCGCCUGCUUUGUGGCUCCAUGCUGCUUCUUCUACAAGAAGUGCAGAAAAGGCCGCAACUCGCAGCGUCAAAAUGUGCCGACGACCACCUUUGUCGCCAUACCCCAUCAGCCGCCCCCUCCGGCACAGCAUUACCCGCCGUCUCAGCCGGGCUACCAGGCCGUGCCUGUGCAGCCUGGUUACGGCAUUCCCAACGCACCACCACCUCCACCAUACGUAGAAGCUGCUCCCCCAGGGCAUCAACAACCUGCUCCGCCUUCUGAUCUUGGUCAGCAUCCGCAGCCUCCAUACAACCCUUCUUACGGCUUCAAGCUUUAACGCACGCAAGAAUUGGACUGCAUGCUUUUGUCACCAUCUGUGUGUGGGAUCCUUCACUAUCACAACAUUAGUUCUGUUUGCUCUUGUUGUACGGUGUACUUCUUAUUAAAAAAACCGUGGUCAAUGA